AUGCCCGUCGUUGAAGUGUCCCUGAUCGUGUUGGGUGCCGAGGUUGGCGCCGCGUUUCUGUGGCUUUCCUCCUGGUUCAAAGCGCCCGAGGUACACGGCCCAGCUUUAUCCGCGAGAGAAACGAGCCUGGCACCUUGGCAACUGGACAGAGCAGCAGCAGUCGCAAGAGACGAAGACGACGACUCCACCACAAUUGCAGAAAGUGCCAGCGCUGAAGAGGAGGACCGGUAUAGGCACGACGAGGACCUCGCUGAUCCGUUGCUGUCCUCCGCAGUUUCUGCUGUACUCCUGGUUUCGCCAUCAGCAAACGGAUGA